AUGGAGGAGAACAGAUGGUUUUUGAACAUCAUUCAAGAUGAGUUCAUGAAUGGGAAAAUUGAUUUACAUAGCACAAUGAAGCUGCUUGAAAAACUGCAUAUCACUUUUGAUGUUGCUCAUGUGAAACAUGUUUUCAAGAAAACAGUUGACAAGCGGAAGGUCCAUACUAUUAACAUAGAAGAUUUCAGGGCAAUUUAUCGAACUAUUGUACACAGAACUGAAUUUCAUGAACUUUUCUGUGCUUACUCUCCAAACCACAAAAUUCUAGCUGACACUGAGCUCAUUGAAUUUCUGAAAAAAGAACAAUUUCAGACUGAAGAUUCUGAAAUAAGGGCCUUAGAAAUUAUUCUGAAGUAUGAACCUGUUGAAGAAGUGAGGAAAAGAAGGCAGUUAUCAUUUGAAGGAUUUAUAAGGUACAUGAGCUCAGAAGAUUGUUCGAUAUUUAAAAAAGAUCACCGGACUGUCUACCAAGAUAUGAACCACCCAUUAUGUGACUAUUUUAUUUCAUCUUCUCAUAACACCUACUUGAUAUCUGACCAACUAAUAGGGCCCAGUGAUUUAUUUGGAUAUAUCAGUGCUCUCUUAAAAGGAUGUCGUUGCCUGGAAAUUGAUUGCUGGGAUGGCUCAAACAAUGAACCUAUUGUGUAUCAUGGUCAUACUUUAACGAGCAAAAUUUCAUUUUCUUCUGUAAUUCAUGUGAUAGACAAGUAUGCAUUUGCGGCAUCUGAGUAUCCAGUUAUACUGUCUUUAGAGAAUCACUGCAGCACUAAGCAACAGGAAGUUAUGGCAAAACAUUUAGAAGAUAUUCUAGGUGACAAACUUCUUACUUCAACAAUUGGUGAUUCAGUGGUGACUCAACUACCUUCUCCUGAGGCAUUAAAGUUCAAAAUAUUGGUAAAAAAUAAGAAAGUUGGAACAAUUGAGGAAACUAUGCUCAGGAAAGGUCAGGACAGUCAUGGUGAGACAGGGGAAAUUUCUGAAGAGGAGUAUUCAUCAGAAGAAGAUGAGACUGAUGAGAAAGCCCCUCUUCAGCCAAAGGGUAAUUCCUCAAAAAGAAAAGGUGAAAAUAAACCUUCAUCAACACCCCGAAAAAAGGCAAAGAUUAAGAAGAUAAAGAUUGCCAUUGAGUUGUCAGACCUUGUGAUUUAUACCAAAUCUGAGAAGUUUGUAAGCUUCGAGCAUUCACUAGCUAAUCAGAAGUGCUAUGAAAAUAAUUCAAUUGGAGAGGUUAAAGCGCGAAAAUUCGUUAAACAUUCAGGUAAUGAGUUUGUUUCACAUACUUCACGAUUCAUUACAAGAAUCUACCCCAAAGGGACAAGAACAAAUUCUUCAAAUUAUAAUCCUCAAGAGUUCUGGAAUGUGGGGUGUCAAAUGGUGGCCUUAAACUUCCAGACCCCAGGAGUGCAAAUGGAAUUGCAAAAUGGAAAAUUCCUAGACAAUGGUGGUUGUGGCUAUAUUCUGAAACCAGAAUUCCUGAGAAAUCACAGUUCAACUUUUAACCCAUACAAUGUGGGAAGAUACAGUAAGCCAAUGUCUCUGUCAAUAAGGCUCAUCAGUGGUCAUCAGUUACCACCCAGCAACCUGUCAAAGACUAACAAGGCUGACCCUUUAGUGCAGAUAGAAAUCUACGGUGUGCCAGAAGAUCAAGUAAAAAGAAAAUCUAGUGUCAUAAAAAGCAAUGCUUUGAGUCCUAGAUGGGAUGAAACUUUCUCUUUUACUGUCCAAGUUCCAGAACUGGCUUUGAUACGCUUCUGUGUGGAAGAUGAGAUAUCACUGGUUGCAAAUGAAUUCCUUGGCCAAUACACUUUACCACUGCUGAGCCUGAGUAAAGGUUACCGUAAUGUUCCCCUGUUUUCCAAAAAUGGUGGCAAACUUGAACCUGCAUCACUGUUUGUUUAUGUCUGGUACUACUAAUGAUGCUCCACAUUAGUUGUCAUUCUGGUGGAUCACACCCUGCUCAAUAAAGCAACAUCACUAGGCUUGCAACAACCCAGUAGUCUGAUUUCCAGAGCGGCAUGUUCUCAGUGACUUUAUUAAGCUAUGGGACUUCUUGUGUGAGUAAAUGGUAUCCUGAAUAAGUAAUAACUACUGAAGUUAGCCCCACUAUUAUUUAGAAAUAAUUCAUAAAGACUGAACUUUUUUGGACAUUCUGUUGAAUUCAAUUAAUAAUUAAAUUUGCAGCUAAUUACAACAUUUUGAUUAAUUACUGAGAAUAAUAGUUUAAUAUUUAUGAUCUUAUGCUACAAAAUUAUGAGCAUGUUACACAGAAAUUUUUAUUUGUAUUGAACAAAAACUUUUACCAUUGUACAAUCAUCUUUCUAGGGAAACAAUACAUACAAUGUAAAGUCCCUUUAAAUUUAUAAUAAUGGCAGUUUCUGAUUGGGCUAUGCAACCUUAACAUCCACUGUAAUUUUGCUAUCUGGAAAAACAUCUCUGAGAAAAAACAGUUCUUAAAAUGAUAAAAACUUAGAUGCUAAUAUUUGUACCUUUUCUCAGCCUGAUCUUGAACCUCCUGCUGCUAAAGAAAGACAAAUAAUUCACAGGCUGAUUUGUAAAGGGCCUAUGUUCCUUGUAGCAGCAGGGAGCUCAGGAUACAUCUCACUGCAAACUCAGCAAGUAGGAAUCAUCAUGUUUUGAGCUGGAUUAGAAGAAGAAAUUUAGGGAAGGCAAGGACUGAUUGCAUGGUUUAAGAUCUCUGAGGGCAACAUUUUGUCUGACAGAGAUAUCACUGUAGAUCUUGUCCAUAAGACAUAAUUUUUCCACCUUUCUUAUAAAACUGAAGUAUUAUUGAGCUUCCACAGGACUGUAUCUACCCCGCUAAUUGCAGAUUUGUUACUAGGGUGUUUUUUUUGUUGUUGUUUUGUUUUUUUCCAAUGAAUGUUUUAUUGAUAGAUUUCUU